AUGACUGCCAAAGUUAUCGUUUCUGGAGGAACUGGGUUCAUUGCUCAACACAUUCUCCAAGAAUUAUUAAACCACAACUACAGGGUUGUCACCACCGUUAGAUCACAAGCUAAAGGUGACCACUUGUUGAAAUUGUUCAACUCGCCAUCGGCUUUGAGCUAUGAGGUUGUUGAAGAUGUUGGUAAACCAGGUGCGUUUGAUCAAGUAUUGCAGAAUAAUCAAGACGCCACAGUGUUUUUACACACUGCCUCUCCCUUCCAUUUCAAAGCUACCGACGUUGCAAAGGAGUUGCUUGAGCCGGCAGUGGAAGGAACCAAGAAUGCGUUGAAAGCUAUCCAAGAGUACGGCAAGAGCAUCAAGAAUGUGGUGAUUACAUCUUCUUUUGCCGCUGUUGCAACUGCUGCAAAGACCACUGAUACCAAAGUUGUAUUUACUGAGAAGGAUUGGAAUGAAAUCACAUGGGAUGAAGCGGUUAAAAAUCCAAUCAAUGGAUACAGGGCCUCAAAGACAUUUGCAGAAAGAGCAGCUUGGGAUUUCGUCAAACAAAAUGAUUCCAAAUUCCAUUUGUCUACAGUUAACCCGGGCUUUACAUUUGGUCCCCAAUUGUUUACGUCUGAAGUUAAGGAUGAGUUGAAUACUUCAUCAGAGGUGAUCAAUUCCAUAUUAAAGUUGAAACCAGGCGAUUCAAUUCCACCUUUCAAAGGUGGCUGGGUCGAUGUGCGUGAUGUGGCAAAAGCACAUAUUGUUGCGUUUGAAAACCCCAAGGCCCAAAAUGAGAGAUUGCUUUUGAUUGCUGGAGGCUUCACUGAGCAAUCGAUUGUUGAUUUGAUCAAUGCCAAAUUCCCGCAAUUGGAUCUCCCUAAAGGUGAACCGGGCACCGCUGACGAUGUUCUCAAGACAAAGUUGGCCACAGUUGAUAAUUCGAAAACGAAGGAGAUUUUAGGAUUCAAGUUUAUUGAUCUUGGUGAAUCGGUUAUUGAUUCAGUGCAACAAAUCUUGGAUGCUAAAAAGAGCAAGGGCGGAAGUGCAUUGUAG